GCAUGAUCAUAUAUAAACGCAUGGUUGAUCUGCUUCUUGCUCAUCCACUGAUCAGCAACGAGUAGAAGCGGUAGAGUUUGCUAGGAUCGAUUCAGCAAUGGCAGCGGUAGCACGAGCACUAGUCCUCGGCGCCGUCGUCGUCUGCGCCGCCGUCGUGAUGGCUGUCACCGCCGCGGCGGACGGCGAGGCGGCGGCGGCGGUCGUCGUCGGCUUGGCCAAGUGCGGUGGCUGCUCCAGGAAGAACAUGAAGGCGCAGGAUGCUUUCAAGGGUCUCCAGGUGGCGAUCAAGUGCAGGAACGGCGACGGCGAGUACGAGAGCAAGGCCGUCGGCGACCUCGACGGCGACGGCGCCUUCAGCGUGCCCCUCGCCGCCGACGACCUCCACGGCGCCGCCGACUGCUUUGCGCAGCUGCACAGCGCGGAGAGCAGCACGCCGUGCCCCGGGCAGGAGCCGUCCAAGAUCGUGCCGCUGUCGUCAACAACGGACAACGGCGGUGAUAAGGCUAACACCUUCGUCGCCGUCGCCGGCAAGAGGAUGCGCUACUCGUCGUCGGCGGAGUGCAACUCGGCGUUCCUGUGCCCCUUCUUCGACUACUUCCACAAGAGACCCCAAGGCCCCAAGCCGACGCCGUUGCCGAAGCCGACGCCGGCGAACGGUGGUGGCGCGGCGAACGGUGGCGGAGCUGCGGCGCCGUCUCCCAGCCCUCCGGCCGGCAUAUCACAGCUGAAUUAAUUAAUUCGUCCAUUCCAUCAAUAUCGACACUUGCUUUUUUGUUUGAUUUCAUGGCAUGGUUAAUUCUUUUGGUUCUUGCAUGGUUGAUUUCCCAGGUCAGCUUGUUGGUGCAGAAUAAAUGAAAGUUGUGAGAUGUGAGAGGAGUACUGUGACUGUGUGAGAGAUCGAUCGAUGGAUUUAUGUGAGAACGAUGUAUGUGUUGUAUCUCUAUUGUUUGGCAUAUCUAAUGUGUUAUUCGUUGUAUGCAUGUAAGCUAUUGACUGUGCUUUCGUCCA